GGUCCGGCAGCCAAAUCCGUCCGUCACCAGCGUGUUUCAAUCUAUGGUUUUAAUGUGGUGUUCCCGCCUGAUAGUUCUUACAAAUUUAACAAAACUAAUACACUCAAGCAAACCAGCCAGUGUUUCACGGUUGUUAGCUGACUUCCGCUGUGUGCUCCCGGUGAACGUUACCCGCUCAGCAGCUCGAUACAUGUCAAGUGAAGCGAAGAGGCUCCGCACCGACAACAACAUGCCCGGUAAAAAGAUCGGAACUCAUAACGGCACCUUCCACUGCGACGAAGUGCUCGCGUGCUUCUUCCUCCGACAGCUACCUGAGUACCAGGAUUCUGAGAUCAUUCGGACCAGGGACCCGGCACAGCUGGCAGAGUGUGACAUCGUGGUAGACGUGGGAGGAGAGUUUGACCCAAAGAAGCAUCGCUAUGACCAUCAUCAGAGGACCUUUUCAGAGACCUUCCACAGUCUGGUUCCAGAGAAACCGUGGGUGACCAAGCUGAGCUCAGCAGGCCUGGUCUACCUACACUUUGGUCGUCAGCUGCUGGCCCAGCUGACGCAGCUGAAGGAGGAGGACAGGCAGCUGGAGGUGCUCUUCGACAAGAUGUAUGAGAACUUUGUGGAGGAGGUGGAUGCUAUUGACAAUGGCAUUUCACAGUAUGACGGGGAGGCCCGCUACUCUGUCUCCUCCACGCUGAGCGCACGUGUCGGCCACCUGAACCCACGCUGGAACAGCAAGAGCCAGGACACUGAGGAGGGUUUUAAAAAGGCUAUGAAGAUGGUUGGGGAGGAGUUCCUGGACCGUCUGGAGUUCUUCCAGUCCUCCUGGUUGCCGGCUCGCACGGUGGUGGAGGAAGCCGUGAAGGGGAGACUUCAGGUGGAUCCCAGUGGAGAGGUGUUGGUGUUCUCCCAGGGCGGCUGUCCCUGGAAGGAGCAUCUGUUUGCCCUGGAGAAGGAGCUCAAUGUAGAGACGCCAAUCAAGUUCAUCCUUUAUCCCGACCAGAAUGGACAGUGGAGGGUCCAGUGUGUUCCUGCUGGACUCAACACCUUCCAGAACAGGCUGUCCCUGCUAGAAGAGUGGCGCGGCGUUCGCGAUGAAGCACUCUCACAACUCAGUGGGAUUAAGGACUGCAUCUUCGUCCACGCCGGAGGCUUUAUUGGCGGGAACAAGAGCCAGGAAGGAGCCCUGGAGAUGGCUCGGAGGACCCUGCAGGCUGCCGCCCAGCCCCCUGCAAACGGAAGCAGCUGAAGGGUCACUGAGGAGAGCCAACAGCACAUUGUGUUCUCGGGGGUCAGUCUUUAGAGAGGAUGGCAAGUAUUAAAAUGUUAGUUUGCGAUCUUGGAGCUUGUUCGUUGCAGCCAGGGCUAAUGUUGUUUUGUGCAGCCUUGCCAGGAUGAGGAUGGUAUGGAAAUCGCAGCCAAAUAACUUUGGACCAGUUCCAGAAACACCUAUAUUCCAACACAAGCUCGCUCUGAAUCAUAAUGUUGACUCAUGUAACUCUUCUUCUCUCUACCCUGAUUGAUGUGGGUGUGUUUUGUUGUGUUUUUGCAAUAAAAAACAAAUUUGGAUUACA